GAAAAAUACUGACCUGUGUAAAUUAGUACGCUUCAUUCGUUAUUCCUUUAAAAAAUUCGUCCUUUCGACGUAAAGUUUCCUUUGGUACGCCGACGAGUACACAUCUCAAUACUCGCAGACACACGCUCCGCAAGUAAGAAAGAAGAAUUAAUAAUGAAACGGAGUGGUGGGGAUACUGUGCCACUUGGGGGAAAUAUAAGGCGGCCGCCCUUGGCAGUGGGUCCAGUCAUGCCACGAAUUUCCACCAUUCAAAUCUCAAUCCUCGCGAAUGAAACGGAGUGGUGGGGAUACUGUGCCACUUGGGGGAAAUAUAAGGCGGCCGCCCUUGGCAGUGUGUCCAGUCAUGCUACGAAUUUUCACCAUUCAAAACUCAAUCCUCGCGGUACGCACGCUCCGCAAAAUGAAACGGAGUGGUGGGGAUACUGUGCCACUUGGGGGAAAUAUAAGGCGGCCGCCCUUGGCAGUGGGUCCAGUCAUGCCACGAAUUUCCACCAUUCAAAUCUCAAUCCUCGCGGUACGCACGCUCCGCAAAAUGAAACGGAGUGGUGGGGAUACUGUGCCACUUGGGGGAAAUAUAAGGCGGCCGCCCUUGGCAGUGGGUCCAGUCAUGCCACGAAUUUCCACCAUUCAAAUCUCAAUCCUCGCGGUACGCACGCUCCGCAAAAUGAAACGGAGUGGUGGGGAUACUGUGCCACUUGGGGGAAAUAUAAGGCGGCCGCCCUUGGCAGUGGGUCCAGUCAUGCCACGAAUUUCCACCAUUCAAAUCUCAAUCCUCGCGGUACGCACGCUCCGCAAAAUGAAACGGAGUGGUGGGGAUACUGUGCCACUUGGGGGAAAUAUAAGGCGGCCGCCCUUGGCAGUGGGUCCAGUCAUGCCACGAAUUUCCACCAUUCAGAACUCAAUCCUCGCGGUACGCACGCUCCGCAAAAUGAAACGGAGUGGUGGGGAUACUGUGCCACUUGGGGGAAAUAUAAGGCGGCCGCCCUUGGCAGUGGGUCCAGUCAUGCCACGAAUUUCCACCAUUCAAAUCUCAAUCCUCGCGGUACGCACGCUCCGCAAAAUGAAACGGAGUGGUGGGGAUACUGUGCCACUUGGGGGAAAUAUAAGGCGGCCGCCCUUGGCAGUGGGUCCAGUCAUGCCACGAAUUUCCACCAUUCAAAUCUCAAUCCUCGCGGUACGCACGCUCCGCAAAAUGAAACGGAGUGGUGGGGAUACUGUGCCACUUGGGGGAAAUAUAAGGCGGCCGCCCUUGGCAGUGGGUCCAGUCAUGCCACGAAUUUCCACCAUUCAGAACUCAAUCCUCGCGGUACGCACGCUCCGCAAAAUGAAACGGAGUGGUGGGGAUACUGUGCCACUUGGGGGAAAUAUAAGGCGGCCGCCCUUGGCAGUGGGUCCAGUCAUGCCACGAAUUUCCACCAUUCAAAUCUCAAUCCUCGCGAAUGAAACGGAGUGGUGGGGAUACUGUGCCACUUGGGGGAAAUAUAA